AUGUGCAGUGCUCUUGCUGAGUGCAUGAAGGAAUGGAUGUGGAGUCCAGACAAGGCAUUUCGGCAGGUCUUUGCAUUCUUGUUUCUCCAAUUAAAAAAAAAAAAAUUCUCUUUCAGACGACACAAGAUAUACAAAGAGCAGCUGAACCUCACUUCCCUGGACACCCCCCUACAGCUCCGACUCGAGGCCAGCUGGGUCCAGUUCCACCUGGGCAUCAACCGUCACGGACUGUACCCCCGGUCCAGUCCUGUCGUCAGCCAGCUGCUCCACGAUAUGAGGCACUUUCCCACCAUCAGUGCCGAUUACAGCCAGGACGAGAAGGCCUUGCUCGGGGCGUGCGACUGCACCCAGAUUGUGAAACCCAGCGGGGUCCACCUCAAGCUGGUUCUCAGGUUCUCGGACUUCGGGAAGGCCAUGUUCAAACCCAUGAGACAGCAGCGAGAUGAGGAGACGCCCGAGGACUUCUUCUAUUUCAUUGACUUUCAGAGACACAACGCUGAGAUCGCAGCUUUCCAUCUGGACAGGAUUCUAGACUUCCGACGGGUGCCACCAACGGCGGGGAGGCUAAUCAAUGUCACCAAGGAAAUCCUAGAAGUCACCAAGAAUGAAAUCCUGCAGAGCGUGUUCUUUGUCUCUCCAGCCAGCAACGUGUGCUUCUUUGCCAAGUGCCCGUACAUGUGCAAGACCGAGUACGCCGUCUGCGGCAACCCUCACCUGCUGGAGGGCUCCCUCUCCGCCUUCCUGCCGUCCCUCAACCUGGCCCCCAGGCUGUCCGUGCCCAACCCCUGGAUCCGCUCCUACACGCUGGCAGGAAAAGAAGAGUGGGAGGUCAACCCACUCUACUGCGACACUGUGAAGCGGAUCUACCCGUACAGCAGCAGCAGCCGGCUGCUCAACGUCAUCGACAUGGCCAUCUUCGACUUCCUCAUCGGAAACAUGGACCGUCACCAUUAUGAGAUGUUCACCAAAUUUGGCGAUGAUGGGUUCUUUAUUCACCUCGACAACGCCAGAGGGUUUGGACGGCACUCCCACGACGAACUCUCCACCCUCUCGCCGCUGUCCCAGUGCUGCAGGAUAAAGAAGAAAACACUUCUGCACCUGCAGCUGCUGGCCCAGCCGGACUACAGACUCAGUGACAUGAUGCGGGAGUCGCUGCUGGAGGACCCGCUGGCCCCCGUCCUCACGGAGCCUCACCUCCUUGCUCUGGACCGGAGACUCCAGAUCAUCCUGCAGACUGUGGCGGGGUGCAUAGGGGCCCACGGAGAGCAGAGUGUCGUAGCCGAUGGCCCUGCAGAACAGUCAGCCCUGGACUCUGGCCAGGCUAACCUGACGAGCUAGGGGCUGGACGGGCCAAAUUUCAGAAACUACACCUGGAGUGAGCAGUGGACUCUUGAUUGUGGACCGUUGCUUCCUCACGUGCCCCUGUCGAUUCUGGAGGUCCUAGGGCAGGAGCCCAGGGGGGCAGGCAGGGCACUAGGAUGACUCUGAAAGGGCAGAAGUGGGACCCACCCGACUUUCUUCCUCGGUGCGCUGCUUCUCCAGGGAGCCUUGGCUCCCUCUUGCCCAGAAAGCACUGCUUCAUCCAGGCCACAGACCAUCUCCUGAGCCCACUGGGAAACCGCCAUACAGGUCAGGCUUGAAAGGCUUGGAGAGCCUUGUUCCCAGAGAGUAUUAACUGUUACAAAUAAAAGGACAUCAAGUGGACACCUAACUGGCCUCCAGAUCCUUAUUUCAUCUACAAGGAUAAUUCCCAAUCCAGAUAAAACAUCUGGCCUAUUGCAGGAAAAAAAAUCUAAUACCUCUCAAAGUGGGUCAAAGUAGACUUCACACUUUGAUAUUCCAGUCGCUGUGGCCCAGUCUGAAGACAAUAAUCACUACUGACCAGUCCUAAAGUCAUUUCUAAAAAAUAGUCAUUUCAAAAGGUAAAAAUAACAAGGAUUUUCUGAGAAUAUCAGAAAAGGGAUGUUUCAAUCUGAGUAUUUAAAUAUCAACUGAAAUAACGUAAAGUAUGUCAAAAUUAGCAUCCAGUGUCAGGAAAGAUUUUAAUAAAGAGAAAACAAGGGUGGCCUUGAAGGUGGGACAGGGGACAGAAACCAGCCCAGCAGGGACGUGAGCCUGGACUCAGGCCGACGACGGUCCUUCCCCAUGAGAGCCAGCAGCUGCCCCUCACCUGCCCCCAAGGGGAGCAGGGAGCCAUCUUGAGAGGCCUGGCCCCCUUCCCCUCAGCUGCUUGCCCAAAAGGGACAACGUCAAGUUGACUUUCCGAGCCUCCCUCCAAAGUGGGUGCAGAGCAGGUCCAUCUCCUCAGCCUUCUCCCUGCUGGCUUGCUGACCUCUGAAACUGCUUAAUGGGAGGCUGUUUCUCAUCCCAUAAUUCAUGACUGAAAACACAAAUGACAGGGAAGUAUUCGUACUACAGAGUGAUUCGUCAGUCGACAAGGAAAAAAUCCUGACUAUCAGAUGAACUUUUUCUGAUAAAGACCAGAGGCUCAUAUACUAAGUGUGACGGGAUAGAAAGAAGUCACUAAAGAGGGUACGAGGUCAGGAACGAGAGGUGUCAUCCAAGACUUCUGCGAUGUGUCCAAAGACAGCCCCAACAGGACAAAUAACGAGGGUACUUCUGACCCACCCUGGUACCCACAUCACGGGUGCACGUCCCCUGAACCGUGUCCAUGACUACCAUCCCCCAGGCUCACACACUCACCGCGUGUGAGGAGCCACACACGUGUCCAGUCCUUCCCAACAGAUUCCCCUACCUCCUGUGUACACCGAGAUUAACAAAAAUCAAACAAUUCAAUGAUUCCAACCUAUUCCAAAGCGUUCCUUCCACUGUAAUAUAGAUGCUCAACAGUAUCUUUGAAGUUAUCUUUAAAAAAAAAAAAAUCAACUCUUAAAUAGAGGAAACUCCAUCGCAGAGAGUCUCGUCACCGAGGUGACUCUGCUGCAGCUCAGCGUCUCCCACUUCACGAACUGCUUCUCCUACUUGGAGCCAGUAUUUUCCUUUGUAGUAGGGACUAGGUAAUUACACAAAGACAGACAAAUAUUCAAGCAAGGAUAUGCAAAGAAUAGUGCAGUGGUCUGGGACUUCCAAGCCAGAGCCUCAGGAGCGCAAGCUGUGGCACCAUCUCCAACUGAGCCUUCUCUGUGACAACAGACUGGUUUGCAAGUGGCCUACGAUACAAAUGCUGGUGUACUUCAGAAACUGAGGAAUAGAAUUGAGUUUGACCACAAUACGCGGAGUACCUAGAUACCUAAUUAUUCACUUAUCUUAAGCAUUCCAUUAUUUUUUCACUAGUAACCAAGUCAAGACUAUCAUUUGUCAAAAAUAGCAGAAAAGAUUAUUCUUAGAAUGUUCAAGUUCUAACAUGUUUACUUUGGACCACUGUCCAACUUCCCAUGACGCAGUCUCCUGUCCCCAUGUAAGAACCGUUCCUGUUACUACCAGCAAACAAAGAAGGAAAGGGCCCUACGGCAUGGGGCUUGGUGGGGAAGGGGGUUUGAAGGAACUCACUGGAGCCUUCCCGAAAGUCAGGACAUCUGAGUUUGAAGACUGUAAAAAUGAAUCUUCUUAUUCGUGGUAGUUUUACGGUCUAUAAAGUCAUCACAGAUAUUAAAUAAAUAUUGAAUCAUCUGCUCCUAGAGGAAAUACAAGGUGUAGGUUCCUGUGAGCCUCUGGUUACAUUCUGUCAACCAACCAAUACAUAACCUUGUCUUAAUGUGUUAAGGUGUGUUACCGACACCUUGUUUAAUAUAUACUGAUGAUUCAUUAACACUGAACUUGUGGCCAACAACUGUAACUCAUUCCUGAAAGUUGAUUUAAUACACUUAUUCUCUCCAUAAUGCACAUCACACCCUCCUGCCCUUAGGAACACUGGCCAGCACCGCAGCACUACACUCGGAGGCCAUUUUAAACAGUGAAAUCGCCAAGAGCACACACAAAAAUGCAAAAAAGUGGCACCAAGCAGACCACGAUUACAGUAUGAGAGCCAAAACAAAAGGAAGAGUGUCGUGUUAUUCGACCUCAAAUAAGGUUGAAUUCGGAAGACUCGAACUCUUCACCACUCCACUCGUAUCUGGGAAUGACUGUGAAAAGGCUGUGAGUAUUGACUCUGAGGUUACAAAAAAUUUUAGCAAGUAGGCAACUUCACAAAAUUCAUAAGUACAGUGUCCCUGAACAAUUAGAAUCGACUGCAACUUAUUUUGAAACAAGAUGAUCAAAAAGCUAUCUAUCUAGUGGUGACUUUUAAAAUCACAAAGUUCUUUAAGCUAAAUUGGCAGAACUUUCACAAAAUGAAAAUACUAUAGUCAUCAGUGGUUUUGUUAGUCAUAACAGAAUACAGUCAAGUCAGGAUGAAGCCAUAGCUCUGAACUUAUGCCAAUAAACAAAUUCUAACUUUAUAUGUACACAACAAUACUGAUUUCUAUGAAAAAGUUCCAUAGGGUAAGAAGAGAGAGAAUUAAGGCCCCCCCCCUUUUAAAUUCUCCCAUCUACAGCCUUUACCGAUAGCUAUUACGAUAGCUACCUUGGGGGAAUGUAUUAAAUGGUGACCUAGCCAUUGCUUCUCACGGGUGUUUUACUCAUCUAGAAAUACACUGCCAGGACCUCAUAAAAAUACAAAAGGGGUUCAGCUAUUAAUUCAUGAUCGGAGAUAACAGUAUUAAGAAAACUGACAUCACGCUACUUCAAUUUUGAAAUGUCAAUAUUUAAGUCAUUAAAAAACAAAAAGCGAUUCUACAUGAGCUAAUGUUUUAGAAGAAGGAUUUAACUAUAACCAGUACAAUCAACCUAGGAAAAUUUUUCUUUAGUUGCAUUCCUGUUUUAACUCUAAAGGUUCCUACUCUAGUGAGCUGAGGAGAGGAAUGACUAAAUCUGGACAAGGUCCAUGUGUUACAAAGCAGUAAAACUUAAAGAAUGUUCUAGAACACAAUGCAUCCCUGAGAACUUCACUGGAUGUAAAGAAAUUAAUACCAAUAUACUAAUGAGUCCAACUUAAUCAUCUCACUCCCCAGGAAUCUGAGGACUAGACGUCAGAAAUAACUUUAUACGUGCAAAAUAAAUAACUAUACCUAAAUAUGUGAAUAUAUUAAAUUUAAAACGGAAGAUGCUGAUCCAGAAAUAAUGUUUCCCCGUUAAGUCUGGGGAAGCCAGAGAACCAGUCUGCCUUCAAUAAAAAGGAAACAUUCAGCUUUUGAUUUAAUCUUUUCCUUCCAUAACUUGGUAAACGGAUCUGCUAUAUCUCAAUUACUCUUGAAGCAAGGUUUGCACAUUCAUUCUUUGACAAACUGACUUGGAAGCCACUGAAAACAAACACAUGACUCUUUUUAAAACACUAAUCCCAUAAUUCACUUUCGAUUUUCAUUCUUGCCCACAAGAUUAGGAGAUUCUGGGGCAGGCGGGGAGAAGAGAAGGAAAGGAGAAAGGGAAGAAAAACUGAUUCAUUUAAGAAUUUAAAUUAUUUAAUCUUUUUUUAUUACUUGACCUACCAUUAAGACAGUCUAUAACAAAAAGAAUAUAUUAGCACACACAGUAUAAUCACACUAGUAACCAGGAAACAAUACAAAAUGGUCCUUUGGC